UCACGAGUAUGAAUGACAUUCGGUUUUAGACGUUUCAUAUCUCGGAUGAAUAACAAUGAAAUAAUUAAAAUAGUAGCUCUAAGCGUUGAUUUAGUCAGUCGAAGAUGGCUUACAUGAUCGUUCUAAUCGUUCUCAUCUGCUCGGUUCUUUAUCUAACAAAUUGGUGGCGCAAUCGCUUAAUUCGUCGACAACUAGGCAGCCUUCCAGGGCCACUCAGCUUGCCUUUCCUAGGAUCGAGCUACAUUUUUAUUGGCAAAACCUACUCUCAAAUAUUGGAUGCUUUUCAUCGAAUUUCGUCUACAUAUGGACGCAACGGAAGUCCUGUGCUAUUUUUCCUCGGUACAAAGCCAUUCAUCAUCAUAAAUCACCCUGACCAUGCUCAACGAGUUUUAAAUUCAGCGGGUUGUUUGGACAAACCUUGGAUCUAUCGGUACACUCCACUUGAGGGAAUAUUUUCACUACCAGCGCUGGAAUGGCGAAUCCACAGGAAAGCAAUCCAGCCGAGUUUUAAUUGGAAUAUUUUGAAAAGUUUCCAUCCGAUUUUUAAACGCAAAGUAAACGUACUGGUGAAUAGAAUGAAGGUAAAAGCUUACAACAAAGAAACGUUUGAUGUCUACGGUUACAUAGCAGCAUGUACUUUGGAUAUGGUGUAUGCGACCACCCUCGGUAUAGAGAUGAACAUCCAACAACAAUCAUCUUGCAAAUAUCUAGAAAUAUUAGACGAGUUAUUCGAAUUAGUAACAAAUCGUGUUACGAACGUUUUUCUCCAUCAAAACUGGAUCUAUCGAUGGACGAACUACUAUCGACGAGAGUGCAAAGCACGUAAAAUAUUUCAAUCUCCAGCCCAAAAAGUUCUCCAGUACAGACCAAUCCUUGUGAAGCCAUCCAAUAUACCAGAACCAGACCUCACCAAACCGCAGAUCCUCAUCGACCAACUCUAUCGGGUUGCCACCACAGAUUCUCGCUUUACCAAGCAAACAAUCGAGAAAGAACUGAACACUAUGAUUUUCGGAGGAAACGAAACCACUGCCGUCACGAUGGCCAACGCCUUGCUUCUGAUUGCAAUGCAUCCAGCCGUUCAGCGCAAGCUACUGGUUGAAAUAAGGGAGGUCUUUGGCGACAACUUAGAAGACAUAACCGUCGAAGACCUUCAGCGGUUGGUCUACAUGGAAGCCGUGCUGAAGGAAGUCAUGCGGCUAUGGCCGAUCACAACGAUCCUCGGAAGAACGACCAGUACUGAGGUCCCACUGGGCACCCUUCGGAUACCCACUGGAGUCAACCUGGUUAUUGACGUCUUCAGCAUCCAUCGCAGCAGGAGGUACUGGGGAGAUGACGCGGAUUGUUUUGUUCCGGAGCGGUUUCUCGACCGUGAACCGUAUCCCUAUGCGUUUCUGGGGUUCAGUGCUGGGCCGAGAAAUUGUAUCGGGACGCGAUAUGCAUGGUUGUCUAUGAAGGUGAUGCUGACGAGUAUUUUGUGUCAAUUUGAAUUGUCAACACCAUUGCGAAUGCAAGACAUUCGUUUGAAAGUGGCCAUGACUUUGAAGGUCGAGAACGGGCACAUGAUUGCGGUAAAGGUGAGAUGAAAAUAAAGGAUAGGCUUUUCAUUUGACAGGUUCAGGUAUGCCAUUGCACAAUGGUCCGUGGGCCGU